GUGAUGAUGGCUAGAGUGCGUGGCUGGCGUGGGAGCGCCGGGGUGCUAGUGGUGCUGCUGGCCGCUACGGGGACGGCCGCUCUGGCCUCCACCCUCCCUCCUCCUUGUGACAGCGAAAUCUACUGCCACGGAGAGCUUCUGAAGACGGUGCAGAUGGCUCGCCUCUACAAUGACUCCAAGUACUUCGUAGACAUGACCCUCAAGUUCCCACCCACCGAGGUACUCACGGCCUUCGAGGUUCUCAUGAACAAUACUGACAACAAGCCAACGAAAGCCCAGGUGAAGCACUUCGUGGAGGAGAACUUCCACAAUCCAGGAGCUGAGUUCGUGGAAUGGGUGCCGGACGACUGGACCGACAGGUGCAUUAGUAAGUGA